GGUAUUAAACAAACCAGCAAAGAUGGCUAAACUGGUUCAUAACGUUCAGAAAAAGCAGCAUAAGGAAAGAGGACAGCUGUCCUCAAGAUCCAGAUAUGGUCUGCUUGAAAAGAAGAAAGAUUACCAGCUUCGUGCGAGGGACUAUCAUAAGAAGCAGGCUACGCUGAAGUCGCUCAAGGCUAAGGCUAAAGAGAGAAAUCCAGAUGAGUAUUACCAUGCUAUGGUCAACAAGAAGACCGACAGCAAUGGUUUUCUGGUUUCUGAGAGGGACACGGAGGUACUGAGCACAGAUCAGGUGAAGCUGUUAAAGACACAAGAUGCUGCAUACAUCAAGACACUCAGAUCGCAAGAGUUGAAGAAGAUCAGUAAGCUUGAGAAGACAUUACAGUUCAAAGCACAAGGUGAACACACUGUGUUUGUCGACACACCAGAGCAAAAGCAGAACUUUGAUGCUGCAAAGCAUUUCGGGACGAGCCGUAGACUGGUUCAUGAUAGAGAGAAUAGGUUGAGAUUAGAACAGCUACAAGGCCGAGUUGAACUAAUACCUGAGUUGAACGAAGACUUGAUGCCAAAGGAAUCACUUGAUAAAAAGAGAAUAAAGAAAUUUGCUCAAUUACAGUCACACUUGGAAAGACAGAAGAAGCUUAAAGAGGUUGAGGAGAGAAUGGAUAUGCAAAGAGAAGGUAUGAAGAAGGGAAACAAAAAGAAAGUGGUGGAUGCACUCGGUAGAACAGCAUACAAGUUCAAGAGGGAGCGUAAACGUUAACGUGCUUCUUAUAAUAAAACCGUAUAAAUCUAAACAUAUAACGAUGAGCUUUUAAUAUUUGAUGCUCCAUUUCUUCACAGUAGCGUCGUUACCACCACUGACAAUCUCUGUAGAUGAGAUCCACUGAACUGUGUUGACACCAUCCUUGUGUGCAUUAAGGAACUUGAUGUUCUUCAUUGGCUUCUCCACUUGAUAAAUGAUAAUGUUUGUGUCUAAAGAGCCUGAAACAACAUGGUUGUUAUCCUCAUUCCAUUCGAUACUGUUGAUACGACCCGUGUGGAAUGCCCAUCUUGAUGUGACGGUCUCUUUUGUUUCAAUGUUAUACAGCACAAUCUUACCACUAACAUCACCAACAGCGAGAUAAAUACCGUUUGGCGAAAAGGCAAUACAAGAUGGGGCAGAACGACCUGAAGGAAGAUCAAACAAUUUCGAUCCAUCCUUGGCCGAAUAUACACUGAGAGCAUUGUUU